AUGGGGCAGCUACAACUCUUAACUGGGUUUCAGCUGCAUUGUCAAGCUAUGACUUGUGAUCUUGAUACCCAUCUCUUUGUUGGGACUACAAUGAUUAGUAUGUAUGCGGAAUGUGGGUUUGUUGAGUUUGCUUGGAAGGUGUUUGUUCAAAUACCUCAACCAAAUGUUGUGGUGUGGAAUUUAGUACUUAUAGCAUAUUUUCGAGGGAGUGAUGUGAGUGGUGCAGAUAAAGUGUUUGGUUUAUUGCCGUUUAGGAACUUGACUACUUGGAAUGUGAUGCUGGCAGGGUAUACUAAAUCCGGAGAGCUUGAGCGUGCAGAGGGGCUGUUCUUGCAGAUGCCAAGUAGAGAUGAUAUUUCCUGGAGUACUAUGAUUGUUGGAUUUUCUCAUAAUGGUUGCUUUGAUGAGGCGCUUGGGGUUUUCAGGGAGUUGAUUGGGAGUGGAAGUAAGCUGAAUGAAGUGAGCUUGACGGUUGCUUUAGCUGCGUGUGCUCAAGCUGAGGCGUUUAAGUUUGGGAUGGUAUUGCAUGCAUUUAUAGAGAAAGUGGGGUUGGUUUGGAUAAGUUCUGUGAACAAUGCACUUUUUGAUACUUACUCCAAGUGUGGAAAUGUGUUGAUGGCUCGUCUUGUCUUUGAGAGAAUGCUUGGGAAGAAAACCAUUGUUUCUUGGACUUCUAUGUUUGCAGGGCUUGCAAUGCAAGGAUAUGGUGAAGAGGUGAUAAAACAUUUUCAUGAGAUGGAAGAAUCUGGGACCAGACCUGAUGGGGUCACUUUUAUUUCGGUACUUUAUGAUGCAUGUAGUCAUGCUGGUUUAGUUGAACAAGGUCAUGAGCUAUUCAGUAAAAUGACAGAAACUUAUGACAUUGAACCAACUAUUGAGCAUUAUGGUUGUAUGGUUGAUUUGUAUGGUAGGGCUGGUCAGCUUCGUAAGGCAUAUAAUUUUGUGGUUCAAAUGCCAGUACCACCCUAUGCCGUUAUCUGGCGAACACUUCUUGGGGCUUGCAGUUUUUUUGGCGACAUUGAAAUGGCUGAGCAAGUUAAUAAAAGACUCUCUGAGCUGGAUCCAGACAAUUGUGGUGACCAUGUUUUGCUGUCCAGCAUUUAUGCAUUUGCUGGGAAAUGGAAGGAUGUUGCCAUGGUGAGGAGAUCAAUGGCUGAGAAAAAUAUGAAGAAAAUACCAGGUUGGAGCAUGAUUGAAAUAGACAAGGUCAUGUACAGUUUUGUAGCAGGUGAUAAACGAAAUGAGAUAACUGAAGAGGCUUAUAAUAAGCUAAGUGAGAUAAUGUUAAAACUUAAAGUAAAAGGUGGUUAUAUUCCAGAGGUAGGCAGUGUUUUACAUGAUAUAGAAGAGGAAGAAAAGGAAGAUACCAUGUCUAAGCACAGCGAGAAACUUGCUGUUGCUUUUGGUAUGGCAAGGUUAUGUAAGGGAAGCACCAUACGAAUUGUAAAGAAUUUGAGGGUGUGCAAAGAUUGUCAUAGUUUUAUGAAGUUGAUAUCUAAAGUCUACGGAUUAGAGAUUGUGGUUAGAGACAGAAGUAGGUUUCAUUCUUUUAAAGAAGGUUCUUGCUCUUGCAGAGAUUAUUGGUGAGGGAUGAUUUAUGGUCCAAUCAAAUUGGCAAUGCUCUCAUUUUCAGGAUAAACAUGUUGACUGCAAACAGAAGACCCACAUUUUGGAUGACAUGGAAUCCUCCAUGCUUGCCAUCGAAAUGAAAGAAAAUGGAAAAGAAGUAGUCAAACAUGUCUGUUCAACUAAUAGACUUGGAAAAGGCUACUGCAUCAAUCUCCUUACAGAUCU